AUGAACGACCUGCCAAUUAUGCGGCGGUGUAAGGACGACUGGGUCAACGCUACCCAAAUCCUUAAAUGCUGCAACUUCCCCAAAGCCAAGCGCACCAAGAUCCUCGAAAAAGGAGUUCAGACCGGACGCCACGAGAAGGUCCAGGGUGGGUUUGGUCGGUUCCAGGGGACGUGGAUCCCGUUAGAAGAUGCCCGUAACCUCGCGGCAUUAUAUGGCGUCACCGCCGACCAAGCGCCCGUGAUCUUCAUGGACGUGCUGGAUCCCAAUCUCCACAUUCCAGCCAAACAGAAGACCACCGGCAAUAAAGACCCCACCCCGAUAAAGCGGAAAUACACUCGGCGACCAAAGAAGUCUGAGGAAACGCCGACGAAAAAGACGCGUUUAGAUAACGGCGCUUCGCAACCGCCUCUGGCAGGACAAAUCCCCCAAUUCAGUCCGACUCAGGUUCCCCAAUUCCUGCCACAAAUGUACAUUCUGCCCCAACAACAACAGCAGCAUCAGCAACAAAUGGGACCUCCUCCAGGCUUCCCUUACAAACCCCAGCCGCCCCCGGUCAUGGGUAAUGUUGCCAUCUCCAUGUCUCAACAACAAGAGUUUAUGCAGCGAGCCCGCAUGCAACAGGCACAACGACAAGGAGUACCUCAACCGCAUCCUCAUGCCGGUCAAAAUCAUCCGGGAGCUCCAUUGACUCCGAUGGCAAAUGGACCUGGCCACGGACAACAUCCCAAUUCUCACACCCCUCAACACAUGCGUCAAAUGCAACAGCAGCCGCCACAAUAUUACACUCCUCAACAUGCUCCCCAACAACAACACAUGUCACAAGGCCCCCCACCUCGAAUGCCUCCUCAAUUUGCGCCACAAUCGGCGCCCACUCAGGGCUUCGACAGCUUGUCACUGCAACUGGCUAAUGGCACUUGGUCACAAGACGAUUUGGGGGCAGCUCCGGCUAAGGAGAGCGACACUCUGAUGCUGCUGCAGGAUGACGUGAAACCUCCCGUGUUUGGGCUUGACAUCCCCGAAGACUCACUGUAUUCGGCGCAACUUCUCAAGUUUUUCGCUGAAGAUGAUGCCGAAAUCCCCUACUUCAUUCAUAACCCGCCCUAUGACUUCAACAUCAACGAGCCGAUUGAUGAUGAGGGCCAUACCCCUUUACACUGGGCUGCACUGAUUGGCAACUAUCACAUGAUCUACUUGUUGGUGCAAAAAGGAGCAAACAUUUUAGCGGUGAACUCAUUUGGUCUCAAUCCAUUGCUGAAGCUCAUUAGUUUCAACAACUGUUAUGAACUCAAAAAUUUCCCCCAAGUGCUUGAAUUGAUGGACAAGUGCUUGUCUAAUACUGACAUUAAUGGGCGCACGCCGUUACACUACCUUUGUCAAUUUGCUAAAGUGCCGUCAAAACUUGAUCUGCUUAAGUAUUACUUGGCCAUUUGUCUCAACAAAUUGCGAGUGCUUUCUCUGGCCAAUGAUCAAGUGGUCGAUUUGAUGGCCAAUGUGAUCAACCACCAAGACGUUAAUGGUGAUACUUGCUUACAUCUUGCGGCCAAGCUGAGAUCUGCCGAAGUGUGUAGCAUGUUAUUGCAAGUGGGGGCGCGGGAUGACUUGGAAAAUAGCCAGAAGGAAACCGCCAGCGAAAUCAUUUCGCAGUUUCAGAUUGGAGAUGGUGGUUCCAUGGCUCAAAAGCUGGCCCCCGGCCUGGCACUGCAACUGGCGGCUGCUCGUGGCGCACCAGCGUCGUAUGUUGACACUACAUCGAUGUCGAUGCUGUACUUGCCCCAUCUGCUGGACCAAUUCGUCAUGGCAACGCCGGUUCAGGCUCGAUCAAACCACACACCAGACACUCAACGUACUACGGUUCAAAGCGAUGAUAUGGAUGAAGAUCUGGCUCGGGUGGAUAAGAAACACUUGGACAAGUUGAUGGAGAACAAGGAGAACUUUGAUGCUAAUGGCAAAGCGGGACUGGUUCCCGCUACUACUGGUAGUCACGGAGCACCCCUCCACCCUUCAAAGAGUCAGCCCCAGGCGGCGCCGGCGCCGUCGACGCCGUCGGUACUUGGGUUUGGCAUGCUGACUCCAGCUAAGACUAAUCUUGCCUCGCUUCCCGCAAUUUCAGAGCAUCUGACCCCCGAAACGCGUACCCGAGGCCAUCCUCAGAUGGUGUCGAAUCAUAGACCUCAAGCUCCAAAAGUACUGGAAGGUAAGCUUGAAGGGCAAACGCCAUCAGCAUUAGCAUUAUCGGACUUGGCGACAAUGCUCACGGGUAUGGUGGGGUCGUUGGCGGACACUUACGCCAACCAAAUGGAUUCACUUGACAAGAAAAAGGCCCAGCUCGAGGCUCAAGUGGCUGCCAAGCGCAAAACUGAUCGAACUACCCAGGCGGUGUUCUCUCGGACGCUUGCGGCGGGCGGUCUUACAGAGAAUGAUUACACAUCAGUACAAGAUGGUAAAGACAAGUUGGUGCAAAAGGCCGAAGAAAGUAAGGCUGACGUUGACAAAUUGGCUCAACGCGUCAGCCGCGUGUUGCGUAAGCUCCACACUCAAGCGGUGACUCUGAGAGUCGAGGAUCUUGAACAGCAACACAUGGCGGAGGACGGAAACCAAGGCGACGACGACGAGCUCGCUUCGGAAGAACAAUGGCUGUACGCUCAGGAGCUUUGCAAUUUACAAAUCAAACAGUCCCAAUUGAUGGAUAGCUACAUUGAGUCCAUCAAAGUGUACGGUGUCGAUGAGAAGAUGUAUAAGUACCGCAAACUUAUCUCGUUGCUGUGUGGCCUCCGCGUCGAGGAUAUCGACGGCUACAUCGAUGGCAUCGAGGAAUCCCUCGCUGAGUCUUCUUAA